AUGGGUGAUGUUGUAAAAGGCAAGAAGACUUCUGUUCAGAAGUGUGCCCAAUGCCACACUGUGGAAAAGGGAGGCAAGCAUGAGACUGGACCAAAGCUCCAUGGUCUGUUUGGGCGGAAGACAGGCCAGGCUGCUGGGGCCUCUUACACAGAUGUCAACAAGAACAAAGGCAUCACCUGGGGAGAGGAUACCCUGAUGGAGUAUUUGGAGAUUCCCAGAAAGUACAUCCCUGAAACAAAAAUGAUCUUCACUGGAAUUAAGAAGAAGGGAAAAGGGCAGACCUAA